AUGGAGCAACGUAACGGUCUUUGUCAAUUUUGUACCGAGCUCGGAGUCACGUCGGCGGCCUUCUGGGAUCCCCCAGCUGGAUCGAACGAGCAACGUUCUCAGUCCAUAGGCCAAAGGCGCUUUGGCGACAUCAAGGCUUCAGAGACCUGCCCCAUGUGCAGAUUGAUUUGUCAAACACUUGUUUGGAAAGAUGGUACCUCUCCUGCCCAUGACAGAACAAUAAACUACGCGCGGGUGCUCUAUGGACGAUAUUUCCUGCAGAAUACACACGCUUCUACUAAAAGAAACGUGGGCUCUGGCCCAGGCGCGCCUUGCCUACCAAUCAAAAAGACAUACCGCCUUCGGGUUUCGACAGGACAUCAGUACGGUUCUAUGCUAGAAGAAGACGAGCGAGCAUUUUUAACAAGGGAGUACGAGAGACUCAGCCUGACGCCACACGAGGGCGAUAUCAUGUUACUGAAGAAGGAAGGCAGUCCUGAAGAGCUGUUCCAUGGUAGAAAGAUGGGCGACAGACUCAAUUUUCCCCUGGUCAGGCGCUGGAUCAGCACUCACCACAGUGAAUGCAACCCCAAAGAUGAGUUGCAUGUUCGUGGCGCAGCAACGUACCCGCUACGAGUUAUAGACACAAGACGCCUGGUAGUUUCGCAAACACCACCUAAUUGUCGAUAUGCAGCACUGAGCUAUACGUGGGGUCCAAAUAAUUAUCGGCAGCUUCGGCUCAGGAAAGAGAACGAGCGGCGGCUCACAAAUCAGCCGGGGCUCAAAGCUGUUUGGGAGAAAAUCCCGAGAACCAUACGAAAUGCAAUUGACCUCUGCUGUGAAUUGAAAAUAGAUUAUCUAUGGGUUGAUGCGUUAUGCCGAGGACAAGGCGCUGGCUACAAGGACGAAAAGGUGAACGAGCAUAUUACUCUUAUAUUUGCAAAAGCGCUCGUCACUAUUGUUGGAGACGGACACUGCUCUUGGUCAGGUCUAAAAGGUGUUCAAUUGUCUCGUUCGCGUCACCGACGCCAGGUUCGGCAGCCAGUCGGCGACCUGACUUUUGCUGUUGCCAAACCUCUCAUUGAUCAAUCAAUGAAUGGUUCAGGCUGGAUGGAACGUACUUGGACACAUGACGAAUGGAAAGUCUCUCGCCAUGUCCUAGUACUUGCGCGUGAUCAGGCAUUCUUCUCUUGCAAGGCAAAGAAAAUGAUAUAUUCUGAAGACACCUACUCGGAGACAGCGUUGAGUGCUUCAGACGUAGAUACUCCCGAAAUCGAUGACUUCUGGUCGCUCUACGAAGGCUGGGACGGGGGAUUCGACGUGUAUGCCAGUCAGGCGGAACACUACGCAAGUCGUCACGUUACCAACGAAGAUGACUUGUCCGCUGCCUUCGCUGCGGUGAAGCGCGAACUGAGAGAAAGGCUAGGUAUGCAGUACCACGGGGACCUUCCUGUGGCAUAUUUCGCUCAAGCUUUGUGCUUCGUGGUAAUCGAUGGGAAGCGUCGCUCGUCAGCAAAGUUCCCAAGCUGGUCAUGGCAAGGCUGGAAUGUAUCUGGUCGCUCCGGUCUCUGGUAUAAGAGCACAUCUCCUGGCUGUUGA